GGCACUGGCCUGGUUUGGCAGUUUCGGUGCCACAGAUUAUGAAGACGAUAGUGCCAAUAUUCUGGAUGUAAGGAAGAAAAAUUACCGAGAUCUAAUUAUGCAAAAUACAAUUUCCGAAUUUGAUUUCAGGAGUUAUCUUUUCGCGAGACAAUGCCAAUUGCUGGGGAGGUUACGGAGGCCGGUAGACAUUUGUCGAAGGGCGCAAUUGUUCAUCUCCACCUUUGGAAGAGCGAUAAAAGAACAACAGGCAAACGUUGGAGAACAUUUUUUGGAGUCUUGGAUUUACUCAUCAUGUAUGAGUGUGGUCAAUGAAUGUGAAGAACUGUUUUCGUUGACAUCAUUGGAUGACCACACGUUAAUGGCAUUCAAUGCGGCCAAGGGAGAGCUUCUGGAUUUGGCCAGAAAACAGCUGGAUAAACUCGGAAUUCAUUAUGGACACCUACCAGAUUCACUUCCAUUUACAACAGCUUUGGGCGAAGCGACUCUUCCGAUUUCGCCUGGCUCGGAAAGCGAAAACAUGAAAAAAUUUACUAUCACCAACAAAGAACUAAAAGAAGCCAUCGAGAUCGAUGACUAUUCCAAAUUUGACAUACUUUACUUGUCACUGACAAACAGAGCUCUAAAAGCAUACGAAGGAAGCACCCGUGUUCGCAGCUCAUAUCGCCUAUCGGGGGAUGUCGCGGCCUUGCAAUU